AUGGGUUCAAUCUUCUCUAGGAUACCACCAGUUUCUGUUAGAUAUGGAGUUGGGAUAUCAGAUCAUGAUAGUGAAGGAAGGCUUGUGACAAUAGAGUUUGAUUCGUUUUAUCUAAUAAGUGGAUAUGUUCCUAAUUCUGGUGAUGGUCUGAAAAGGCUGCCAUACAGGACAACAGAGUGGGAUCCUAGUCUUAGCAAUUAUGUGAAGGAGCUGGAAAAGUCAAAACCUAUCAUCUUAACUGGUGAUCUGAAUUGUGCUCAUCAAGAAAUAGACAUCUACAAUCCUGCAGGAAACAAACGUAGUGUUGGUUUUACAAUUGAGGAAAGAAUGUCAUUUGAGGAAAAUUUCCUAAAAAAAGGAUGGAGGCUGGACUACUUCCUUGUAUCAGAGUCGAUUGCAGAUAAAGUCCAUAACUCUUUCAUUCUUCCAGAUGUUACAGGCAGUGAUCACUGUCCAAUUGGCCUUGUUCUUAAGCUCAUCAUCAAAAAGAUAAUCUAUUAUGCAUACGGGGAAAAGAACAGAUUGCCUGGGAAGGAAUGGGUUCACUUUUUUGUUGAGAAGGGUGAUACUGAUAAAGAAAAUAUUGAUGUGCUAACUGAGGUCGAGCAAGUGGAUGUGAUAACUACAAAUCAGGGCAAUACUGAGGAAGCAAAGAUAACAAGGUUGUAUGUUAGAAUUUGGGUGAUAUUGACCAUUUUUAUCCACCUUAAAGGGAUGAAAGUUAAAAAAGAUAGCAACACGAAUGAAAUGGAAUGGCUGGUGCAGUGGCCAAGAUUGCCGGAAGUAGAAGCAACGUGGGAAGAAUUCAAGAAGAUGAAACUAAGGGUUCUGGAUGUUCACCUUGAGGACAAGGUGAAAGUGUGGGAUGCCGGUAUUGAUAACCCCAAGUAA